GAGAGGGAAGGAGGGAUAGGGAGAGCGAGUCUGACGAGGUGACGGAAUAAGACGCGGUGCAAGGGAAAAGGGAGCGAACUGUCAGUCAGGAGCGGGACGAGGUCUCUUCGUGUUGCCAACGCAGAUGGAGCGCCUGUGCGGACCGAACCUCCCAUUCUGGCCACAGGCAAACCAAACCAUCCACACAGACAAGCCCGACCUGCCGGAGUGUUUCCAGCUGUCCGUCCUGUCAUGGCUGCCGUGCAUCUACCUGUGGGCGGUGUGCCCCAUCUACCUCUUCUACCUGAAGAAGAAUAACAAAGGCUACAUUAUGAUGUCCGUCCUGAACCGCUUCAAGACGGUAUUUGGUUUGGCGUUGUGGAUCGUGUGUUGGACGGAUCUCUUCUACACAUUCCACGAGCUACGGCACGGCAGCACCCAGCCACCCAUCUACUUUGUUACACCGCUGGUGGUUGGCAUGACGAUGUUGUUGGCCACGUUUCUGAUCCAGUUUGAGAGGUUACACGGGGUCCAGUCCUCAGGGGUCCUCUUCAUCUUCUGGUUCCUGUCGGUGCUGUGCGCCGUCGUGCCUUUUCGCUCCAAGAUCCUGCAGGCCUCCAGCCAGAGUGAGGUCCCUGACAAGCUGCGUUUCACCACGUUCUACUUCUACUUUAGCCUGGUGGCCCUGGAGCUAAUUCUUUGCUGCUUUAAUGAGAAACCUCCUCUCUUCUCCAACGUCGUCACAGACCCUAAUCCCUGCCCUGAAUCAACGGCGGGCUUUCUUUCUACCAUGACCUUUUGGUGGUUCACAAGCAUGGCCAUUAAGGGCUAUAAGAUGCCCCUGGAGUCUAAAGACCUGUGGUCUCUGAACCAGCGGGACAGCUCGGAGGUGGUGGUGCGCCAGAUCCUCAGAGAGUGGGAGAAGGAGCAGGCCAAAGCCAAGAGCGAGCAGAAUCCCUCCCCCCUGGCCAUUUUCUCCAAGUCCCCGUCAGCGGGAACGACCAAUCAUGUGGAAGAAGUUGGCCGCGAUGAAGACGAGGUGUUGCUGUCCAAGCAGAAAGAGGCUCCCCGACAGCCGUCCUUCCUACGGGCCUUACUCCGAGCCUUCGGGCCCUACUUCCUGAUCGGCUCGGCCUACAAACUCCUGCAGGACCUCAUCACCUUCAUCAACCCUCAGCUCCUCAGGAUGCUGAUCUUGUUCGCAGAGCAGAAGGGCGUCCCUGAUUGGUGGGGCUUCGCGCUGGCGUUCCUCAUGUUUUUCACAGCCUUGCUGCAGACCAUCAUUCUCCACCAGCACUUCCAGUACUGCUUUGUAACUGGCAUGAGGCUCCGCUCAGCUGUCAUCGGCGCCAUCUACAGGAAGGCGCUGGUGAUAACUAACGCCGCCAAGCGUUCGUCCACCGUGGGCGAGAUCGUGAACCUGAUGUCCGUCGACGCGCAGCGGUUCAUGGACCUCACCACCUUCCUCAACAUGCUGUGGUCCGCGCCCCUGCAGAUUGUGCUGGCGCUGUACUUCCUCUGGCAGAACCUUGGCCCGUCUGUGCUGGCUGGUCUGGCUGUGAUGAUCCUGCUGAUCCCCUUUAACGCGGUCAUCGCCAUGAAGACACGAGCCUACCAGGUGGAACAGAUGCAGCACAAGGAUUCCCGUAUCAAGCUGAUGAACGAGAUCCUGAACGGCAUCAAGGUCCUCAAGCUGUACGCCUGGGAGAACUCCUUCAAGGAGAAGGUCCUGGCCAUCCGACAGAAGGAGCUCAGCGUGCUGCGCAAGACCGCCUACCUGGGAGCCCUCUCCACCAUGGCCUGGACCACCGCCCCGUUCCUGGUCGCUUUGACGACGUUUGCUGUUUAUGUGAAUGCGGAUGAGAAGAAUGUGCUGGAUGCAGAGAAGGCCUUUGUCUCGCUCUCGCUCUUCAACAUCCUGAGGUUUCCUCUCAACAUGCUGCCGCAGGUCAUCAGCAGUCUCGUGCAGGCCAGCGUCUCUCUGAAGCGGAUUCAAGCUUUCCUGAGUCAUGACGAGCUGGACCCACAGUCGGUAAACAGAAAGAGCGCCGCCACAGAAUACUCAGUGACGGUUACCAGUGGAACGUUCACGUGGACUAAAGAGGAACCUCCUGCCCUCCACAACAUCAACAUGAUGGUGCCUCAGGGCUCUCUCCUUGCCGUGGUGGGGCACGUCGGCUGUGGAAAAUCCUCGGUGAUCUCUGCACUGCUGGGGGAAAUGGAGAAACUAGAAGGCGACGUCUCCAUACGGGGUUCAGUUGCGUAUGUGCCGCAGCAGGCUUGGAUCCAGAAUGCCACACUGAGAGACAACAUCCUGUUUGGGAAAGCCUUCAAUGAGCAGAGGUAUCGCUGUGUGCUGGAAGCCUGCGCCCUGACCCCGGACCUGGAGGUGCUACCUGGAGGAGACCUGACUGAGAUAGGAGAGAAGGGCAUCAACCUCUCGGGUGGUCAGCGGCAGAGGGUGAGCCUGGCCAGAGCUUUGUACAGCGAGGCCGACGUUUACCUGCUGGAUGAUCCCCUGUCUGCCGUCGACGCCCACGUGGCCAAACACAUCUUUGACAACCUCAUCGGCCCGACGGGGGCACUGCAGGGCAAGACCCGUAUCCUGGUGACGCAUGCCAUCAGCUUCCUGCCUCAGGUGGACAACAUCCUGGUGAUGGUGGAGGGCCGGGUGUCGGAGAUGGGCUCCUACCAGGAGCUCCUCAAACAGAAUGGCACCUUCGCGGAGUUCCUCAGGAACUAUGCCCUAGAGGACAUAGUUGAGGAAGAUGAGGCAACUGAGGACUUCGUGGAGGAUGAGACGUUAUUCCCAGAUGAUACCUUUAGCAACCACGUAGACAUGGUGGACAAUGAGCCGGUGGUCAACGAAGCGAGGAGAAAGUUCAUGAGGCAGCUCAGCAACAUCUCGACAGACGGUGAGAACCCCAGGAACCGCUCGGUGAGGAGACACGGGUGCAGCCUGAGGAAGCCCUCCGAUUCUGCACCAGAGAAUAAACCGCAGCGGCCAAAUAUGGAGAAACUCAUCCAGGCGGAGACCGCGGAGACAGGCCGGGUGAAAUUAAAUGUGUACUUGGAGUACGUCAAGGCGGUGGGACCCCUGCUCUCUGUGAUUAUCUGUCUGCUGUACGGCUUCCAGAACGCCGCAGCUAUUGGAGCAAACUUCUGGCUCAGUCAGUGGACCAACGACUCCAGGCAAAAUCAGACUCAAGAGGAUGUUAACAUGAGGGUGGGGGUGUACGCAGCAUUGGGCAUCACACAAGGUAUCCUGGUCAUGAUCUCCUCAUUCACCCUAGCAACGGGAAACAUCGGCGCAGCCAGGAAGCUGCACUUUAACCUGCUCGAAAACAAGCUUCACACGCCCCAGUCUUUCUUUGACACGACGCCCAUAGGACGCGUGAUCAACCGGUUCGCCAAGGACAUUUACGUGAUAGACGAGGCACUGCCCUCCAUUGUGCUCAUGUUCCUGGGCACCCUUUUCAACUCCAUCUCCACCAUGAUAGUUAUCGUGUCCAGCACUCCCAUCUUCGCCGUGGUCAUAGUGCCCCUGGCUUUCAUGUACAUCUUCGUCCAGAGGUUUUACGUUGCCACGUCCCGGCAGCUAAAGCGGCUCGAGUCGAUCAGCCGCUCGCCCAUAUACUCUCAUUUCUCCGAGACCAUCACGGGCUCGAGCGUGAUCCGAGCCUACGGCAGACACUCCGCCUUCGUUCUGAUGAGCGACAUGAAGGUGGACGAAAACCAGAAGAGUUACUACCCUGGUAUCGUGUCCAACAGGUGGCUCGGGGUGCGAAUUGAGUUCAUUGGGAACUGCAUUGUAUUGUUUGCGGCGCUCUUUUCUGUGAUUGGGAAGGAGAAGCUCACCUCUGGGUCGGUGGGACUGUCGCUGUCCUAUGCUCUUAUGGUGACCAUGUCUCUCAACUGGAUGGUGCGGAUGACUUCAGAUCUGGAGAGCAAUAUUGUAGCAGUGGAGAGGGUUAAGGAGUACUCAGAGACCAAGACAGAGGCUCCUUGGGAGGUGGAUGACAAGAAGCCUCCUCCUGACUGGCCCCCAGAGGGGAACGUGGAGUUCAAGGACUACAGCGUCCGCUACCGAGAGGGACUGGACCUCGUCCUCAAGAACCUCACCCUCACCGUCAAAGGAGGGGAGAAGAUUGGAAUAGUGGGCCGUACGGGGGCUGGCAAGUCCUCUAUGACGCUAUGCCUCUUCCGACUGCUGGAAGCCGCUGGAGGGGAGAUCACCAUCGACGGGGUAAAGAUAUCAGAGAUAGGUCUCCAUGACCUGAGGUCCAAACUCACCAUCAUACCACAGGAACCAGUGCUGUUCUCGGGUACACUGAGGAUGAACCUUGACCCCUUUGAAAAUUACAGCGAUGAUGAGGUGUGGAAGGUUAUAGAACAUUCUCACCUGCACAAGUUUGUCAGCAACCAGCCCGCCAAACUGGGGCUGGAGUGUGCAGAGGGUGGAGAAAACCUCAGUGUGGGUCAGAGGCAGCUAGUUUGUCUGGCACGGGCUCUGCUGAGGAAGACAAGGAUCCUCAUCCUGGACGAAGCCACAGCUGCAAUUGACCUGGAGACAGACGACCUCAUCCAGUCCACUAUAAGAACACAGUUUGAGGACUGCACCGUCUUCACCAUCGCACACAGACUCAACACCAUCAUGGACUACACGAGGGUGCUGGUGUUGGACAAGGGACAGAUUUCUGAAUUCGAUACUCCGACAAACCUCAUGUCCAAGAGAGGGGUGUUCUACAGCAUGGCUAAAGACGCGGGCCUGACACAAUAGCAUCUCUUCAUCCCGGUCUGCUAAAUCAGGAUUCAGGAUCAGCCCGUUUCAACACAGUCCAGUCAGAUUUACAUCCAGGAAGUGAAAUAUAGAUCACAGGAUGUUAAAUUUCGAAUUUUUCACUUUUUACAACUACUACAGGGCACUUUCUGACUGUUUUGAACUGAGGCUGGGCCCAAAUCCUGACCCUUUUCGGCAGAUUUGCAUCAAAUAGCAUUAGCAAAAAGAUUGUAGUGGUUAUCUGAUGCUGCGGUGAGUCUCAGUCAGUCAGUCCACAGUAUGUCGGUCACAUGACUGACGCAUUUUCUUGUGAUUGUCUCAAAAAACAACUGACAUUGUUUUGUUUUUUAUAAGACGACAUGGCCAACACCGUCCAUGCAGCGCCUCAGCAGGAUGCAAAGAGACGUGAAGUGUAUUUGCAAGCGCUGCUUGACCCAAGUCUGCUCUUUAGUGCCUUCUGGCAACGGGAGGAAGUGAGCUCGUGAAUGUAUCAUUUCCUGUUCCGCUGUCUGCGAAAGAGAAAAAAUAAAGGAGGAACUUUUUUAUUUUGUUACUUUUUCUACAUUAAGAUAUACUGUGCCACUGUACUAGAGAAGAAGCUGACAGUUUUGGAACGACGCCACCUAUUUUUGUACUGUAUCAUUUUUUAAGCUACUUUGUAAAAGAGCUGCCUCUUCGUGGGAAGUUUGUUCAGCAAAGCGUGUGAUUCCUGUAUGAACCAAAUCUGUAAAAACUUGAAUUAUGUGCUACCAAAAUGUGGAAUAUGGUGAUGCUGUUA